UAGCUGGGAUCAGUCGAACGCAAACCGCGCCAUCGAGAGGAAGUGGAUUACUAGCUGCCAGAGUGAAGUGCAUUGAAAUUCUAGACGUAUCACGCAUACGCCCGGUAGUACAGCCGUUAAAACCGAUUAACCGAUUAUGUCGCCGAGAAGGAGCUUGCUGUGCUGCCUGCUGGUGAGCAGCAUCCUGUUGCUGCACCAGGCUCAGGCCAACAUCGAGACAAACGAAGUGGAUGACCCCAGUUGGUACAUGCUGCAGGGUGUGCGUGUGUAUCCCAAUGACCGACAGUGCGUUCUGGUCGGAGGACUGUGUGUCCAGGAGGCGGACUGCAUCGAACCCACCUCGAACAAGGGCUUGUGUCCCACGAGUGCCGGACAGGGCGUGGAGUGCUGCUACGAACUCCGAUCAAGUUCAACGCCUGCUUCGCAAACCUAAAUAUCUAACCACAAUCAAUCGAUUGGCAUCGUUUACCCCCGAAUAUCGCCACUAACAUCCAAAACCCGAUCCAUUCUGUGUGUCCCGUCGCCCUCAAAACGUCAAACGUCAUCCCGUUCCCGUUGCAGUGCCGGUCAGACCAGCGCCCUGUGCGGAACACCUGGGACAGUGCAUGGACCGAUGCCACCAGAGGCUCCUGCGACCCGGUACCGAUUGCGAGAAUGGCCAAGUCUGCUGUGUCCUGAUUUAGUUAUACUUAACCACACCAACACACAUACCUGUGCCGAGGAACAGCAUCACCAAAUCGCUCAGUUAUUCAUUUCAAAAAAGGCUCCAAUUUGGGGUAAUCAUUAUGACCAUUCAAAUACCUAAUGUUUAAAAUAUUGGUCCACUCUUUUAUUUUAAAAAAAUUACUACAAAUUUGAAAGCAAACAAAUAUUUAUAUUUAUUAUGUGUAUAUACAGUUUUCGCUGUAUAAUAUUUAUCAAAAAAUAGGCAUAACAACACUAAAAUGAUUUGCAAAAUUGAGUGCUUAGCCUAUCAAAACUAAUUUGGUUGUGUUAUUUCUCUGUACACACACACACACACCGUACAUAAACAUGUAUUUAUUUAACUAUAUGUAUAUUAAUUAUAUUGUACGAAUAAUUUUGUAUGACAACUUAAGAAUCCCAAAUCUCCCGACAAAGUAAAAUAUUUGACUGCUUCCAAUAAAUGCAUUGUAAAUAUUUUCCAAAA